AUGCCGAUGCCGGUGCCGGUUCGUCGCGUAGGAGACCUGUGCAACUGCAGCGCCGUGGGGAGCACCAGCACGGCCGAAUGCAACGGCACGACGGGGCAGUGCCCCUGCCUCGAAGGCUACGUGGGGCUGCGGUGCGAGAGCUGCGCCCAGGGGUUCUACCUGGAGCGGAGGAGCCAGCGAUGCCGUCCCUGCGGCUGCAGCCCCGCCGGCUCCAGCAGCGCCCAGUGUGAUGACUCUGGGAAAUGCCAGUGUAAAGUUGGUGUCACGGACCUGAAGUGUGACCGGUGCAGUGAUGGGUACUACAGGUUUAACCAAACCACCUGCGAGCCGUGCCAGUGCAACAACCACUCCAAAACCUGCGACAGCUUAACAGGCACCUGCCUGCACUGCCAGGAAAACACCGAGGGAAACCACUGCGAGCUCUGCAAGGAGGGCUUCUACAGAAGCACCCAUCCUGCCCACGCCUGCCAUCGCUGCCCAUGCUCCACCGUGGCAUCGACUGGCACCUGCCGAAUACAGCCUGGUGAAACUGCCCCAAGGUGCGACAAAUGCAAAACCGGGUACACCGGCCUGAACUGCAACCAGUGCGACAACGGUUACUACAACUCCGACAGCAUCUGCGUAAGAUGUAAAUGCAACGGGAAUGUGGACCCAGCGCGGUCACCCAGCGUGUGCAAGCCGGAUAGCGGGGAGUGCAUCGGCUGCCUGUACCACACUGCUGGGUUUCAUUGCGAGGAGUGUGAGGACGGCUACGUCCGAGACCCCGAGGGGACCAACUGCACCAAGAAAGAAGCCACUCUUGGCCCAGAAACAAGGGAGUUAACAACUUCUGCUCCGAAUGCCAGCAAGGCAACAUCAUUUUCAACGGCAGUGAUAAACAGUACGUUGUCACCAACAACUAUACAGACUAUAUUUCCUCUAAGCUCCUCUGACAAUAGUACCUCUGCUUUUGCAGAUGUUUCAUGGACUCAGUUUAACAUAAUUAUUUUGACAGUUAUCAUCAUUGUUGUGGUCCUACUAAUGGGCUUUGUGGGUGCUGUCUACAUGUACCGUGAGUAUCAAAACAGAAAACUUAACGCUCCUUUUUGGACCAUUGAACUCAAAGAGGACAACAUCAGUUUUAGCAGCUACCAUGACAGCAUACCCAACGCUGAUGUUUCGGGGCUGUUGGAAGAUGAUGGAAAUGAAGUCGCACCGAAUGGACAACUAACACUGACAACUCCCAUGCAUAAUUAUAAAGCUUAGAAGAAGUGAUCCAGCUAUUCCAAAGUUGGCUUAAAAAAGUUACAGGGCUUGUUGAAGGGGUAUCGGGAUCCGUGCCAAGGCUCCACGCAGAGGAAUUUGCUCUUCAGAUACUCUUAUGCUGGGCAUGCUGUAGCUUGCAGGUGAACAGAAAAAAGUGUAGUACAUCCGAAUUUCAGGUAAUAUGGUGAAAUGCAUUCAGUGUCUUGUUCUCCAUAAAGAUCCAUAGAAUUCACUGUUGUUAAAGACUUGAUUAUGCUGAUCUGAAAAUAUUUUUUUUUUUAUGAAGGGAUGGUGGGGUGGAGAAAGCAGUACUCCAUGAUUCAUCAGAAGCUACUUGAUUUCCAGCCAACCUAACACUUAUGUCUGCAUCCUUUAGUUUGAAAAGUAGCUCAUGAAUUAACAGUGGAUUUUCAGGAAAUAGACCUUUGUAAAGGCUUCAUAUUAGUUCCUGAUAUAAAUUUGUUUGAAAAGGAGGACAAAAAAAGGGAAGUAAUUGUUCACUGUACUACCAAAAGGCAAGUAGAGGAGUGAGUUGCACACUUGAAAAAAGUCACCAUUAUCAGUUUCCACUAAGCAGGGAAACAGGAAGAAAAUCAUGAAAAUAUUGGAGUUAGGGAAGAGACUAAGUUUUUCCCUUUCUGAGUAUUUAUACAGGGUGAUGAUGCUAUUAAAACAUAGCAAUCCAUUUUUUUUUUCUAGAAGGAGUUAAUGAACUUGUAUAGUUUCUGUGCAAGGGAAGACAACAAGACAUCUCAGGGUUGCCGUGUAAAAAUAAAAGCUAGGCUUAAUACCCUACCCUGAUAGAAAUGGUGUGUUCUGUAUAUAAAAUGUAAUAUAUCUUCUUGGAAUUGUAUUUGUAAUUAUUUGUAAAAAAGACAACCAACCAACCAAAAAAACCCCAACAAGAAAACCAUGAACCCCUCCCCAACCUCCCCUAUUUCCCAGGUCAUAUUUUAUCAUCUAGAUUUUAAUUGUACAGCGGUUAGUGGCAUUGUUUAAAGAGAAAAAAAAUGAGGAUUGUUUAAAAUACUGUAAAUUAGAUGGCAAUAUUGUUGGAGCUGGGACUCUGGCAAACACCGACUGCUUAAAGCUUUUCUUCUAGUGUCAUUGAAUAACUUUCUUUUUUUAGAGAAAAUGUGAGUGCUCCCUACUUGCAUCUGUCAAAUUUUCCCGUUCCUUUAAAUAUAGAGUGAAUACCAGUGUCGCCAUGAUUAGGGCCUAGUAGGUGUCCAAAAAUCGGAUGUACCAUUCUGUUACUUGCUUUUAAAUCUUUAUACAAAAUGCAAAUACACUGUCAUGAAUGCAUUGAGAGCCUGAUUUCGAUGGCCGAGCUUUUCUGAAGCAGCUGCUCAUCAUGUGAGUGGAUCUCAUUGCUGUCUCUCCCGUGCUGACACGGUGACGGGAGAGACUUGCCGGAGGGCUGAGCACAGCCUCCUGGCCUCUUGAAGGGCAAAAGCAAAAAUCUCCUGGA